GCCAACAUGUUCGAUUAUAUUUUACAGACCCCACAGUAAUUCAUGACCGACAAUUCAGCGGCAGAAAAAGCAGCUCUGAAAGCAACGUGGCCUGAAGCAAGUCAACUUCUCUGCCAUUUCCGCGUGGCCCAGGCGGAAUGGCGGUGGCUGCAUGCAUGAAGCAGCAGCAUCAAUCAUGACGAGAGGCGGGAACUAAUGACUGCAUUCCAGAAGGUGAUGUAUGCGUCAUCAGCGGAAGACUUAGCUGCUGCCAUCGAAGAAUUGCUCCAGAAGCCUCACCGUGCAUAUGUGACACGGGUAAAUGCAUUCCUUGAAUGGAAGGAAGAGUGGGUGCUCUUUUUUAGGUUGGGCCUUAUAACGAGAGGCCACAACACAAACAAUUAUGAUGAAGCCACUAUUCGUGUAUUGAAGGAUGUGGUUCUUGGCAGGCAAAAGGCAUAUAAUGUAGUUGCCCUUGUGGACCUCGUGGAAACAGUCUGGGAGGACUACUUUUCGAGAAGACUGCUUAGCCAUGCAUACAGCCGUGUGCCAGCUCCCCAAAUCUUUUACGACAAGCUUGUGCACAGGGUGCCCGAAAGUGUUCCACAGUCGGUUUGUGAUCUUGGUGAUAGCAUGUACCAGGUGCCCAGUGGGCAGGAAGACGGUAAAAUUUAUCACGUUUGGCAAGACGUCGACACUUGCACUUGUAGAAAUGGCCAACAAGGGGCAUUCUGCAAGCAUGAAGCACUGCUUCCGUGA